UAACCAAAAACCCUCGGAACAGUAUUGCUUACUUUGCGCAACAGGGCAUUGAUCUCUAAUCGUCAAUAGAGCCAUCUCUACAGCUGGGAUUCGACAGAAUUCCUAGCUGAAACUAAAACCAAUCGAAAUCAUGGGGGACGUUUUGAUUAUGAACCAGACGGAGGAGCUGGCUUCUCGUCUCGGUAUCGAUCUCAUUCAAGUUGAUCUCGAUUCUAUUCAUGUCCUACCUGGCGAAAACUGUGGCAUCGUUAGUGACGAUGAGGAUGUAUACGAAGAUGAUCAGAUGGAACUUGAUUCUGGAUUUGGUAAUGUUAUUGUUGUUGAUAAUCUACCUGUUGUUCCUCAAGAAAAGUUUGAGAAGCUUGAGGCUGUUAUUCGCAAGAUCUAUAGUCAGAUUGGUGUUAUUAAGGAAGACGGAUUAUGGAUGCCCAGAGAUCCUGAAACCAAGAAGACGCUAGGUUACUGCUUCAUUGAGUAUAACACGUCACAGGAAGCUGAACUUGCAAAGGAAAAAACCAAUGGGUACAAGUUGGACAAGGCACAUAUUUUUUCCGUGAAUAUGUUUGAUGACUUUGAUAAGUUUAUGAAAGUUCCAAAUGAGUGGGCCCCGCCAGAAUAUAAGCCAUACACACCAGGGGAGAAUCUCCAACAGUGGCUCAUGGAUGAAAAAGCCCGAGAUCAGUUUGUGAUACGUGCUGGCACUGAUACUGAGGUUUUAUGGAAUGAUGCAAGACACUUGAAGCCUGAGCCCGUUUACAAGCGCACUUACUGGACCGAAAGUUUUGUGCAGUGGUCACCACUAGGAACUUACCUUGCCACAGUUCACAGGCAAGGUGCUGCUGUUUGGGGAGGUGCUGCGACUUUCAAUCGUUUAAUGCGUUAUGCUCAUCCUCAGGUUAAACUGAUUGAUUUUUCUCCUGGUGAGAAAUAUUUGGUUACCUAUAGCAGCCACGAACCUAGUAAUCCUCGUGAUGCAAAUAGGGUUGUUUUAAACAUAUUUGAUGUGAGAACUGGUAAAGUGAUGAGAGAUUUUAAGGGAAGCGCUGAUGAGUAUGCAGUUGGAGGAACAGGAGGUGUUGCAGGAGUGUCUUGGCCUGUUUUCAGAUGGGGUGGUGGGAAAGAUAAGUAUUUUGCCAAACUUGGAAAAAAUGCAAUCUCAGUCUAUGAAACUGAGACCUUCACCCUUAUUGACAAGAAAUCUUUGAAGGUUGAAAAUGUUAUGGACUUCAGCUGGUCCCCAACUGAUCCUAUUCUUGCACUGUUUGUUCCUGAGCUGGGUGGUGGAAACCAGCCUGCUAGGGUGAGUCUUGUCCAAAUCCCAAGUAAAGAGGAGUUGAGGCAGAAGAACCUUUUCAGUGUCAGUGACUGUAAGAUGUACUGGCAAAGCAAUGGAGACUAUCUUGCUGUCAAGGUUGAUCGCUAUACAAAAACCAAAAGAAGCACAUAUACUGGCUUUGAGUUAUUCCGAAUUAAAGAAAGAGACAUACCCAUUGAGGUUUUAGAGCUUGACAAUAAGAAUGACAAGAUCAUUGCCUUUGCUUGGGAGCCAAAGGGUAACAGAUUUGCAGUUAUUCAUGGUGAUAGUCCAAGGCCUGAUAUUAGUUUUUACACCAUGAAAACCACAAGCAAUACUAGCCGGGUAUCAAAGCUCACUACUCUCAAGGGCAAACAGGCAAAUGCUCUUUUUUGGUCACCAUCUGGCCGUUACAUAGUUCUGGCUGGACUCAAAGGUUUCAAUGGUCAGUUGGAAUUUUACAAUGUUGAUGAGCUUGAAACAAUGGCAACAGCUGAACAUUUUAUGGCCACAGAUAUAGAAUGGGAUCCUACCGGAAGGUAUGUUGCAACUUCUGUGACUUCAGUUCAUGAGAUGGAAAAUGGUUUCAAUAUAUGGUCCUUCAAUGGCAAGCUACUUUAUAGGAUUCUGAAGGAUCACUUUUACCAGUUCUUGUGGCGGCCAAGAUCACCAUCUUUCUUAAGUCCUGAGAAAGAAGAAGAAAUUGCCAAGAAUUUGAAGAAAUAUAGCAAGAAGUAUGAGGCAGAGGACCAGGAUGUGUCAUUGCAAUUGAGUGAGCAGGAGCGUGAGAAGCGGAGGGCAUUGAAGGAUGAAUGGGAGAAGUGGGUCAGCAAGUGGAAACGUUUACAUGAGGAAGAGAAAUUAGAAAGACAGGGGCUGAGGGACGGGGAAGCCGGUGACGAAGAAGAGGAAUACGAAGCUAAAGAAAUUGAAGUUGAGGAGGUGGUGGAUGUUUCAGAGGAGGUUGUCUCUUUCGACGACUGAAUUUAUAAGGUGGUCUUUCUAUAAAGCUUUGAAGCUGGGACACCCUCCUCUCUUCAAGGUACAACUUGCAGCACCAGGUAUCUUGUAGACAAACAAUUAAAUGGAGCUCCUGAGAAGCUAGUUUUUUGUGUUUACUAUUUCCCCUUUUCUAAAAUCUAAUUUCUUUAAGAAACUAACAUAUUUCUUAAUGUCAUACUGCAUUCAGAUGUCAAUCAAUUUUGUUGUCUGGUUUUCCAUGUUUUAAUUGUAAGUGAAAGUUAUGAAUGAACAUCAAAGUAGUCAUUUUUUUCA